AUGAAGAUGGAAAAGCUACUCGAGUUGAUUGAUCCGACUGACAUUCCGUUAAUAACUUGCUUGCAACCUAGCCGGAGGUUUAUGGUGGAUGACUAUGUUUGGAGCUUUACCAAAUCGGGACAAUAUUCAGUACGUUCGGGAUACGCCAUUGCUACUUCUUUGUGUCAAGAGGUCGUAGAACCAAGCUUAAGCAAACUCAAGAGCCAGGUUUGGAAAUUGAAAUCAUCACGAAAGCUUAAACAUUUCUUGUGGCAAGCCAUUUCGGGUUUUGUGGCGGCCAACAGCAGACUUGUGGAACGCCAUUGUGGUUCUGAUAGAUCGUGCCCUCGAUGCGGAGACGAAUUGGAAUCAAUCAACCAUAUCCUUUUUAUGUGCCCUCCAGCUCUUCAGGUCUGGGCCAUGUCAACCAUAGCGAACCCUCCGAGUGUUUUCCCGAGCACUUCUUUGUAUGCAAAUUUUGAUUACCUCUUUUGGGGAGCUAAGGAUUUGGGUGUAACAGAGGAGCAGCUAGAGGUUUUUCCAUGGAUCAUCUGGUACAACUGGAAGGCGAGGAAUGAAAAAAUGUUUAACAACAAGGAUGUGUCGCCAGCGGAUACAGGGAACCUUGCAGCUGCCGAGGCAUUAGCAUGGCGAGUAGCGCAGAUGGUGGAGUCGUUUAAGGAAUCUGAUGAGGAACAAUCAGACGUAAGCGAGGAAGAGGAGGAACCUUUGGGAGCAAUCAGAUGCCAGAUCGACGCAUCUUGGGAUGAGAAGGAUGGUUUCGCAGGUUUGGGUUUUGUCCUGCAGAGUGCAGAAAAGAUUUUUGGACUGCAAGGUAUAAACCGACAUCUCUCUGUUCUUCACUCGGAACUGGAAGCUUUAAUUUGGGCUAUGGAAUCGGCAAUAUUACAGGGUUUGAAUUCUGUCCAUUUUGAAACAGACUGUGUCACCAUUAUCAAGAUCAUAGAGGAGAUUGAUGAGUGGCCUUCUUUUGCCACGGAGUUAGAUAGGUUUAGUGAGUUAAGAGCUAAAUUUUUUAUUUUUUCUAUUUCUUAUAUUCCAAGAACAAUAAAUGUCUGUGCCGACCGUCUUGCUAAGGCGGGCCGAGCCCGAGGUGCUAUUUUUUCCCAUGUAAACUUAAGGGUUCCGGAAUGGUUGACUCUAGAAACCAACCUUUUUGAACUUGAGUAA